AUGGCAAGGGGUCUGUGCAUCCGGCUGGACAUAAAAGAUUGCUCAGACGGCAAAGCAUUAAUCCACCACUGGAGAUUGUGGCUGGUCUCGCCCCAGCCCCUUGCCCCCCUCCUUCCAAGCCAGGGGUCAGGCGCCCAGGCAGGAGCAGGUUGGCAGCCUGUGGUGACGUGGGCAUGGGCACCCUGGCAGGGGUGCUUGUUCUGCCCCCCUAGAGAGUACAAUGUUCUUCUUCCUUUGCAGGGCCGUGGUUUGGGGAAUCAACAGCAGCCCAGCGGUGCAGGGAAAACCAGCAAAAUCCAGAGGCGAGAGGCCCGCCAGUACGAGGGGGGAAAGGCUCCCACUUCAGGGAGGGAGCCUUUCCCCAACGUUUACUUCGUGCUGGUGAGAUCCCUGGAGGGACGUGGCAAACGUGGCGAACAUCAGGACCGCGCCUCCAGGGAUGAGGCUCCAGCACCUGCUCCUGGGAUCAAAAAUGAAAGACCAUCGCGGCGGUUCCCAGCGCCUGAUCCUGAUCCUCACCUGCCUCACCCUCCGUCGGUUCUCCGUACGGGCAUGCCUCCUUCCUGGCCGUACUUGGCGCAGAAGCAGCAGCCAAGGUUUCCCCCCAUCAAAAACGCCUCAAGGGUGAUUCCGGAGCCGGGGGAGACUUUGGCUGCUGCCUCUGUGCCAGGCCGGUCAGGAUGGAGCCCAGUCGCCCGUACGGAGGAAUUCAGGGUGGGGCAGUUAAUAAGAUCAGCAAGGAGGAGGUUCAGCCUGGGAGCUGCCGCAUCCCGGGAGGGCCUGGAGCCGAGGCAACAGCCUCUCGCCUCACAGGGUAUGUCUUCUGCACCGCUGUGGCUGCUGCUAAAGCCCCCUCCCCGCAAAUAAUACAGGCCAGUCGUGCUGCCCUCAGAGAGCGCCGCUUGGAGCGGAGUCGCGUUGACUGGCCAGCGUCAGUUUUUCCGCCAGUGGCAACCGCCUGGCCUGGGUCAGCCAUGAUAGCACUGUGUCGGUUGCAGAUGCCUCCAAAAACAUGAUGAUCUCGCAACUGAAAACAGAAUUCCUCCCAUUGCUGGGUGUGUCGUUCGUCUCGGAGAACAGUGUGGUUGCCGCUGGCCAUGAUUGCUGCCCGAUGCUCUUCAACUGUGACGUCCGUGGUACCCUCACCUUUGUCUCCAAGCUGGACAUUCCCAAGCAGAGCA